AUGAUAGGUCACGCGCCGAAUAAAUUGACUUGCCAGUGCAGAGCCCAUUUGUCUUUUGGCUGCGGCCCCAACAUGAGGUUCCUGCCCAAGCUGGAGCGUAAGUUUCGACGCUGGAAAAAGCUAAAGAAGCCACCAUUAUUGCGUAAGCUGGAUACACUCUUCAAAAGUGCGCAUAAAGGACAUCGUCCAGAGGACAGUGCCAAGCGGGUGCAAAAGGGAAAUGGCAAGGAUGUCAAAAAUGAGCUGAGCUACAAAUCACGUGAACAAUUUAUGUACAACGGCAGUUUCCAUGAGGCAGUUGGCUCGGUCCUGCUGACCGCCCAGUGCUUUGCCAUGAUGCCGGUGCGAGGAGUCACGGCCAAGCAUCCGAGCAGCUUGAGGUUCUCGUGGCGCUACGUGCGCACCUGCUGCUGCCUGUUGUUCAUGGCGUCCAUGCUGAUCAAUCUUAGCUUGACCAUUUACAAAGUGCUGCAUGGCUCGAUAACAUUCAACUCGAUCCGACCCUUGAUCUUCAAGAGCUGCAUUUUCUUGGUGUGCGGCAAAGCUCUUAGCUUGGCGCGGCAGUGGCCCGAGCUGAUGAUGAAGUGGUACCAGAUCGAAAAGGAUCUACCACAGUAUCAGACGCAGUUCGAGAAGAGGCGCAUGGCUCAGACCAUCAGAAUGGUCAUGCUCGUGGGAAUGAUGUUGUCCUUUGCGGAACAUUUGCUGAGCAUUGUCUCGGCCAUUAAUUAUGCUGAGUUUUGCAGUCGCACGGAUGAUCCCAUACGGAACUUCUUCGAGCUGACCAACGAUGAGAUCUUUUAUGCUCUGAACUACUCCGCACCGCUUGCCCUGUGGGGCAAGCUACAAAACGUUUACUCGACCUUCAUAUGGAACUAUAUGGAUAUACUGGUUAUGAUAGUGAGCAUCGGCUUGGCGUCCAAAUUUCGCCAACUCAAUGAUAAUUUGCUUAGGUUCAAGGGCCUCCAUAUGGCUGCGGCUUACUGGUCUGAGCGGCGUAUACAAUAUCGGAAUAUAUGCACGCUAUGCAGCACCAUGGAUGACGCCAUAUCCUUUAUCACUAUAAUAUCCUUUUCCAACAAUCUGUACUUCAUAUGUGUCCAACUACUGCGGAGUCUCAACACCAUGCCCUCGGUAGCUCAUACGGUGUACUUUUACUUCUCGCUCUUCUUUCUGAUUGGACGCACCUUGGCUGUCUCUUUAUAUGCGGCCAGCGUGCAUGACGAGUCGCGUCGUCCGCUGCGGUAUUUGCGCUGCGUGCCAAAGGAGUCCUGGUGUCCGGAAGCCAUGCGAUUCGCCGAAGAAAUUACGAGUGACAUGGUGGCCCUGAGUGGGAUGAAGUUCUUCAAUUUGACACGUAAACUGGUGCUGAGUGUGGCUGGCACCAUCGUCACAUAUGAGUUGGUGCUGAUUCAGUUCCACGAGGAUCAGGAUCUGUGGACUUGCGACCAGAGCACCUAUUCGUAGAAACUUAACAGAAGCUCGCAUAAUAAAUCCAUUGGAAAAUUG